AUGGGCACAGAAGAGAAAGAUCCAUUGAAAGAAAUUGAUUGGAAAGAUAUUGGUGACUCAACAACCAGAGAUUUUGAGGCUGGACGUGUUGUGAAUAAACGGCUACCAAAAAAGAUAAGGCAAAUACCGGAUUAUUAUUUCCUUUCCCGAAGAGCUUUAUCAUCUUCCGUUGCUUUUUAUGGAGCAUGGAUAGUUGCUGGAGUUGGUGCCGGCAUGCUGAUUGAAACCUGGAUAAAUAAAAAAAUUAAAGAGGAUGGAGGUGUGAUCUGGGAGUUUGACAAUAGAGGGCAGAUAGUUUUGAUAACGUCAUGGUUUUGA